AUGUGGAUCUUGCAGAACAAGGCCGGGCCGUUUUCGGAGCAUAGCAAUAUGCUGUACAACAUCUCUGGCGUCGAGAAGUGGGCGAAGGUGUACGGCGGGAUGGUCAAGAUGUAUGCCGCGGAGGUGCUGGCGAAGUUUAACGUCACUCAGCACUUGCUAUUUGGCCCUCAUUUGCCCUGGAAUACGAAGACACUCGAUGAAAGCCCUUCGGUCGAGAAAAAGUAA